CUGGCGCCGGCGGUGGUAAAAGAUUCCCAACUCGUCUGAGUCGAGCUUUUUUUCGUCAGCGAUAUUAAUAAAUGGUUUAUAAUGACGACCGCAGCGGCACAGAAGGCAACAGCUGGAGCACCUGUGUCCGGUAUCCUGAGUCCAGACCUUCGGAGCAGGACUCCAUCACCCUCCCAGAGCCCACGCGUGCCAAUAACCAAUUCGAGUUUAGGGAGCUCUUCUCGCAUCGAAGCACCCGAGGACUGUGACACAGGAGCGCUCCGCAACAGAGGGGAACCGAAAAGUGCUGGCACACGCUAUAUUACAGAAGCCCUGGUGAAGAAGUUAACACAACAGGAGAACCUGGCCUUUGUGCGGUCCCUAAACCUGUCGCUCUCAAAGAGCAGUGGCAAGAAGUUUAAGUUCAUUGAAAACCUGGACAAAUGUGAACGACUGCAGGUCCUCAACCUCAGUCACAAUCUCAUUGAGAAAAUUGAAAAACUUGAAAAACUGCAUAAACUGCAUGAACUCAACCUUUCCCACAACAGAAUAAGGAAAAUUGAAGGUUUGGAGCACAUGGGUAGCCUUCAGCUGCUUAACUUGGCCAACAACAACAUUGAACAUGUGCCUCCUUGGCUGUCGAGAAAACUUAGAUCACUUCAGUGUCUAAACCUGCAACAUAACAACAUCUUUUCGCUACAUGAAAUUGUCAAGCUGAAGUCACUGAAGAACCUGACUGAGCUGGUGCUAGCGGAGAACCCUGUGUCCAACCUGCCCCACUACAGGCUCUUCUUGGUCUUCCACUUGAGGGCUCUAGAGAAGCUAGAUGGGCUGCCAGUCAGCGUGCAGGAGCGAAACAUAGCCCAUCAGCGCUUCCAUAUGGAGGAGGUUGAGCAUCUCGAGCAAGAAUUGGAGAGUCAGCUGGCAGUGAUCGAGAAGCUCAGGGAGGAGCAGACGGCUACGUUACAGGAGCUGGAAAAGCAGGAGACCCUCAACCGGAAUCUGCAGCUCCAGAAUCGUGAGCAGCAGAGCUGCCAGGCUCAGCUAGAGAGGGAACUGGAGACCAAGAACGAGCUGCUGAAGAGGAAGACGAUGGAACUGACACGGGCCUGUCAGAAGCAAUACGAACUGGAGCAGGAGCUGGCCUUCCAUAAAAUAGAUGCCAAGUUUGAACCACUGCCUUACUAUCCCGAUCAGGAGCUGGGGGAGGUGGACUCACCUGGGGAGAGCCCCUACAUUGGCAAGGCACGCCACAAGAGGAACAAGUUUACUCCACAGCCAUUGGGGCCAGAAGGACCACAUCUGACCUCACUGGGUGACACGAGCAUAGAUGCCCCUGAGAUGCACACACCAGACCGUCAGAAUGUUUACCACGCCCAGGCACAAGCAGAGGACCGACUACGCCAAUUGCAUCAAGAGAUUGAAAGUGCUGAAAAGCAGAUCCUGAGGGCGAGCACAGAGCUCCACCAGCUGGAGGAGGCUGUCUCCCAGAAACGGAUCUUGGAGGCUGAAAAGGAGCAGCUAAGGCAGCAGCUGCGCAGGAAGAUGCAGCAGGUGGACCAGCUGAGUGGCGAGGCCCAGGGGCUGGAAGGGCAGCUUGAGAAACAAGUGGCCCAGAUGAGCCAAGCACAAGGGGAGAUGGAUCACCUGCAGAGCCUGCUGGGAACCCUGGAUCCUAGUGAUCCACAACAUGCCCAUGUCAAGGCCCAAGUGUCCAGUAAAAGCCAGCUACUGGACAUGUUAAGCAAGAGGCACCAUGAGCUGGAGGCCAGGCUGGACCACAUGCUCUCCCGCAUUGCCAAAGAAACCGAGGAAAUCAAGGACCUGGAGCAGCAGCUCACUGAUGGCCAGAUUGCAGCGAAUGAGGCUUUGAAGCGGGACCUGGAGGGCAUCAUCGCAGGACUUCAAGAGUACCUAGAGGGGGUUAAAGGUCAGGCAUUCCGUGCUGAGACAGAAUGCCGCCAACUUCAAAGGGAGAAGGAGGCCCUACAGCGCCACCUACAGGACAGCGAGGAGCAACGCAACCAGUUGGAAAUGAUUAUUAUGGAUGCAGAAGGUGACAAAGAGGAGAAGACACAGUUGCAGAGGGAGCUCCGUGACCUCCGGGUGGAGAAUGCAGAGCUGCGUCAGUCUCAGGGUCAGAUAAGUGCAUACAAGGCCAAGCUGGAGGCCCAGCUGCAGGAGCAUAACGCAGAGGUGGAGCGUCUGAAGGAGGAGCUGGGACGAAUGCGCAGGUUCAGUCAGAAUGAGCAGGGGGUGCUGCAAGCAGAGCUGGAGAAAGAGCGACAUGGAAGAGAGAACGCCUUGGCACAGGUGGAGCUGGCAGUGGAGAAGGACAAGGAGCGUCAGGAGCUGCAGGAUCAGCUCCGCAUGUUACGAGAGGAGAACGGCUCCCUUAGGAGGCAGAUUCACACUCUGCAGAGACAGCUAAAAGAGGCCAGAGCCACGUCGCUCUGCCCACAGGAAGUGACCCAUCAUCUGGAAGAACUCAUUAGGAGCAUUGCUUCAGGAGCAGGGGAGAUCAGGCUGAGCAGGGAGGAGGGUGCGCUGGGGCCCAGCCUGAGGCGACUGCAGGCAGAGCUGGGCUCCGUGGUCUCAGCUGCACUGGCGGACAGGGAGGAGGCUGCUUCUCUGAGGGAGCAGCUGCAACAGGCCCAGGAGGAGCACAAGGCAGCCAAGGCCAAGGUUGCUGAGAAACGUAAGAGUGAGAUGAAAAUACUCAGGGAGGAGCUGCAGGAGGCACAAGAGCUGCAGACCCUGGCGCAGCAGCGGGUGCAGGAAGCUGAGGAAGAGCGAGAUCGUUUGUAUGCUGAGCUGGAGGCUCGAGAUCGCAAGCAGGGGUCAGAGGACUGUCGCACGCAGCAGCAGCUCCAGUCCUUAGAUAAAGAACUGAGGGACCUGAAGAGGUCCGUGGCAGCUGCAGAUAAGGUUGCUGCCCUCCAGCUCAGUGAUGCCAAAGAUCAGCUGUACUCCAUGCAUGGUACUGUACGCAAGAUCAACAAGGAGAGAUCUGAGGAUGCAGAAGAGCUGGAAAAGUCCCGUAAACAGGCAGCAGCUGCAGCACAGGCACUGGCUGAAGCUGAGGCUGAGAUCCAGCACCUGCAGAGGCUCCUGAGGGACAGAGAGCUGCAGCAGGAACACCAGGCUGAUGGCAGUGACCAGCAACAGCAGGAGUUGGAGCGCCUGCAUCAGGCUUUGAGCCGACAGCAAGCGCAGACCAAGCGGCUAUGGGAGCAACUGACUCAGGCACAGCAAGAUAAGAUUGGGAACCUAGAUGAACUGAUCAGGGAAACUGAGGCUCUGAAAAACAGCCUUGCCCAGCAGACCAGCUUCAUGUCCACCCUGCAGGAGCCUCAUGGAGGCAGAGGCUGCUGGUACUAUGUACCAUCACCACCCAAUCCCCCUAGUGUUGGUUCACAUGGCACACAGGACUCGGGCCUCGGCCUGCAGUAUCCACCUUCACCAAACAGGGGACAGAGAGGGAGGACAGAACGCGGACAGCCUGCAGCACCCCCUGCUAGAGGCUACUGGCUCUACUGCCCACCCCACCAUGGACAUUCAGGGACUAGUAGAAGAGGUGAAAAGCAUGACAGUGAAGGGGAAAGUGAUGCUGGCAGCAGUGCUUCAGAACAUCACUUCAUACCUCCAUCAGGCUCUGCUAUUUACACUGUGCUGCCUGAUGGUUCCCCACUCCCCCCUGGGACAGCGGUCUAUGCGCCUCCAGCUGUAGGGCUAUCUGUCAGCCCUGGGACAGUCGUCUGUGGGCCACCACCAACUGGAGCCCCGCUGGUGUUUGGCCCUCCUCCUUCAAGCCUCAUGGUGCCCCUUGUCCAUACUGGUGUCCUGCUCUGCAACAUGCCAGGCCAUCAGCAGAUGGAGAAGGAGCUUCGCACACUGCAGGAGCAGGCAAGGGAGCUCAGAAGGAAGCAAAGAAGUGAGGAGCGUGUAGGUGCAAAUGUACAGAGGUUGAUAGAGCAGCGGACGGACUUGGAGCAAGAGGUGCAGGAACUGCGUCGAGCUGUGAGCCGCCUCAGCUUUCGCAGAGAAGCUCUCCAGGGUGACCUGACCUCUUUGGUUGGGGAGUUAGAGCUUGAAAAGUCACUGUGGCAGCAUGAAGAGGUUCUUGAAGAGGUACAAUGUGUGGAGAAGACACUGAUGCACCGCAGGGCAGAGCUGAGAGAAGCUGACCGAUUACUGAUGGAGGCCGAGAGUGAACUGAAAGACGCUCGGGAAAAGACCAGACAGACAUUGCAGCGCCACACUGAGGCCCAGAAACACCUGGAAGACACAGAACGGGAGCUGGAGGAGAUGGAAGCCCGUGCCCAGGACACCGCUACCCAGCUGGUACAGGCCAGUCAGACGCUCAGGGCUGUUCAAGGGGAGCUGCAGGUCUUGCAAAGACACAGGGAAGAGCAGGAACAGACCCUGCUGGAUAUGAAGGAUAUGGUCUCCUCACAAGACAUGAAGUUCCAGGACCUUUGCAGCCAGGUGAAUCAAGCCACUGAGAGACUGGAAGCCCUCAUGAACAGCAUCCAGGAGGCCCAACACAGAGAAGCAGUUUACCUGGGCACUCUCCAAGAACUGGAAAGCAUGUUAAGCCAGCGCAGGAGCAAACUUGAUGGGCUCAGUGUUGAGGUGGCACUUCAGCAACAGGAAGUGGAUUCUCUGGACAGGAAGCUGGGCCAGCUGCGAGAGGAUGAGCGCCUCCUGCAGGAUAGUGUGGAGCAGCAGAGGCAGAGUCUGGCAGAAGUGCUGCAACAAGGCGAGGAGGAAGCACAGGACCUGCGGAGCUGCAUCAAGGAGCUGCGAGUGGACCUCGAUGCCCUCAGUGCCCAGAAAUUGGAGCUGGGCUCCCAACUGGCAGAGAGAAGAGCUGAAGUGUCUCUCCUCAGUGAGGAGGCGCUGCGUGAGGAGCAGGCCCUGCACAGCACUCUGGCGCAGAUCGACAAGCACAAAACAGAGAUGAAGCACAUACAGGAGAUGAUCCAGCUAGAGAAUGACAAGCUGCAGAGCAUCAGGCAGCAGGAGGAGGAACAUCAGGACCAGCUGGAAAAGAGCCAGAAGUCCCUGGUGCAGGUGCAUGUGGAGCUGCAGGACCUGCAGCAAGCUGUGCAGCAGCGUGAAGCCCAGGAUGAGAGGCAAAGACAGUUGCUGGGGCAGGAGCAAAAACACCUGAAGGCCCUGAGCGAUGAGAUGCAGGGCCUUAAGCAGCAGACGCAGGCUCUGGAGAAACACAGGAAUGCACUCAAAGAGCAGUGCAGGAACCUGGAAGCCAGACGUGUCCAUGCGGAAAAGUGCCUGGCAGUGGCAGAGGAAGGAGCCCGUGUGGCAGAGGUGGAACUGACCAGGCUGGAAGGGGAGAUGGAGCGCAUUAAGCAAGAGCAGCGACUUGCUCAUAAAUUGAAACGGGAGAUGAACAGGGAUGCUGCAGCUGCUCAGCAACAGCUUGAAGAGAAAACACAGGAGCUGAACAGCCUGAAGAACCAGCUGGACGGCACUAAGAACGAACUGGAGCUACUGGAAGAGGACGUGAAAGCUGCCACCGAGAGAUGUGAGGAGCUGCGGCGGCAGAAGGAGGAGCUACAGGAAGCAGCAGACAGCUUUCAGGAGAGCAAGCGCAAGGCGGUCUUGCUGAGCCAGAAGCUUCAAGAGCUGGAGGACGAGCUGCUCAAACGUCAGGCCGGCGUGGAGCAGGAGGAUCAGCGUUUGCAGACACUAAAGCAGGAGGCAGUGGAGGUGGAAGAGCGGCAGCAGCAGAAACUGCUCAAGCUGCAGGCUCAGGUUCGGGCGCUGGAGGGCGCUUUGGCCGAGCGGCGUGAGAAGCUGGAAAGGGUGACAGGCAGUGUUGCGGAGCUGGAGGAGCAGAGCAGAAGACUGCGGAGAGACCAGGAGCAGUGGACCCAGCUCAAGAACCAUCUGGAGCAGACUGAGCGGGAGAGGCAGCUGCGGGUCCAGGCAGGGGAGUCCAGGGCCCUGAGGCAUGAGCUAGAAGAGUGUCGCAAAGAGCUGCAGCGCCUACAGGAGGAUCUGCUCACAGAGAGGAGGAGCCAGGCUGAGCUCAGAGCUCACAGCCAGGCAGCCGAGGCGCGAGCUAUGGAGGCGGAGCAGGAGCUGGCAAAGCUGCAGGGGAAUCUGGCCACAGCGGAGCAGGAAGCUCAGGAGAGCCACCAGCGAGUGAGGAGACUCCAGAAGGAGCUCAGCUCAAUGUCCCAGGAACAGCGGAGCCUCAAGGACAAGUUGCGCAGUCACCGGGAGGGCGAGAGCCGUCUCCGAGAGAUCAAGGACACCGUGCGAUCCCUCAAGACGGAGGUGAAGGCGGAGCUCAGCAAUGGAAUCAGGGAGCUGGAGAUGCCUUCAAGUGAUGCCUCGGACACAGAGAGCCACAAGGAGAACUACCCACAUUUCUCCACUUUAAGGAGAGCUGCCUUCAGUGCCAAGGACGAACAGUGGUGUGGGGAUGUGCUGAGGGAGAAACUCAGACAGCAGGAGGACCACCUAAAGGCGCAGCUGCGAAGGAGCAUGUGGUCUCAGGAGGCGGCAUUGAGCCAGCGCAGGCAGCAGACGGAAGGCACUCUCCAGGGUCUGCGCAGGCACGUGGACAGAUUGGAUGAACUGCUUCUCAACUCGUCCCCAGACAGCAUGUCUCUGAACCACAGUGAGCCUCCCCUCAAGCAUGGCCGUCCCAGCACUUCUCAGAACUGGAGUUUAGAGAGCAGCCCAGUUCGUUUGGACCCCGCUCUGCCGGAGAAGGGCCCGGCAGACAGAAGCUGGUGACCUCAACUUGUAGGACUGAAUUCAGAGCCCCUGUAUGUGCACUCCUUUCUACAGUGACACUCAGGUGAACUUUGUGUAGGGGGUUGUUGGAUUGGAAAUUAUGAAAAUACUUCAGUCAUCACAGAGAGCUUCUGUAAAAUCACUUUCUCCCCCUUGGGGGUAUCUUUCUGGUAGAUAUUUAUGAAUGUAAUAUCAUGCCAGAAGUUUUUUAAUUUCAUGACAGGACAGGGAGAGCUUAUGAUUUGACAUUUCAUAUAAAAAUGGCUUUUUUCUACUGUUGCUACCAUAAAUGUACAGCUUGAAGAACCAAAGCUUUAAUAAGCUAUGUGUAAAACUGCUAUAUAAAAAUGUUGUUGUAAACAUAGCCUUCAAUUUUUAUCUUUCUGCAAAUACCUUAAAUUAAAGAUGCAGAGAAUUCUACAUAUGUACUUUAUUUACAAAUAUUCAGAUCAAUAGUAUUGUGCCAUAAAAUGGAAAGUACAGCAAACCAUUCUCACAGAUAUAAAUAACAAGACCCAGUUGUAUGAAGUUAGGCUUUCAUACAGAAAAAAAUAAGGGAGAGCCAGGAAAAGAUUAACCAAGCAAAAGUUAAAGCCAAUUUAAUUUUGUUUUGGCCAGAGCUCAGUAUUUAUAAAUAUUAUACACCAGUGUCAGCAGAAGGUGGUCCCAUGAUGCAAGCCUAUUGUUUAUGUACAAAGUAAGACAAGAGAUUUAAUAUUCUCAAAUAAACCAUGAUUUAACAGCUGUUGACAAUAUGGGGGGGGGUUAAUAAAGUAUUUCACUAUUCACAAGUUAUUACCUCACUGAUAUUCCAGUUGUGCCCUUUUUGGUGGCGUGCUUUGUACCACGGCCUUGCUGAAGACUAUGCCAAUAUGUGAAACAGGGGAACUGUUCAAAUACAUUCUGUACGCAGUUCUACCUGCUGCAGAGUAUCCCUGAUCGGCCAUUUCCCUCUGAGGAACGGCACACAGCGGCCACACCUUGAGAGAGGACCACUGCAGCAGGAUUGAGAAUGUCCCACAUUGGAUUAAACAGUUUCCCCAUCACAAUACCUUAAAUGCUCUAACCAACAUACCGGUUAGAUUAGUUUUGUCAAUUUGCUCCCAAUGAGUUGUUAAUCCAGUCUUCAAACCCAUUUACCACUAAGAUUUUAUAUAAAAUAACUCACCCUGAAACCACAUAAACCAAACUGCAGUAAUUCUUGGAACCUUCAGAAGUUUUGCAGAGAUGUGUCUCCCAUGAGCUGUACCGGAAACGAGCGGUAGAUAAGAGGAGCCUGUAGCCGUGACUAACACAUGAAGUUGAAAACAAAGCAAUACUGAUCAACAGAAACUCAAAGUGCUUUUAAAAAGUGGCAUAUUAGUGUUCUAAAUUUAAGUGUAAUUCUGCAUCCGUAAAUGUAAAGCCACAGAUAUUUGUUAAUUGUCAAAAGUUGUCACUUUAAAACUCAUGCAUACAAAACAUUCAACUGUUAGUAUCAUUACUUCAUGUAGCGCAGUUUACCUUCUAUUACCUAGUUGGCACCUGGAGCGGACACAGCGCCCCCCCCACACUCAGUACCUUGGAAUUAAGACCGGACUGCAAGCGACUGCUGGCCCCAGAAAAGGAGCUGCCAUGAUGUGUGAAAUGAAAGGCUUUACUACUAUCGCACAAGUAGAAUGGACUCAGAUGACUGGGGCUGAGACAAGCACCCUUUGCAACCCCAGAGCUGGUCUAGUAGAGACCCUCUUCAGCUCCUUUGUUCCACCCUUUUUAAAUGUACCCAAGAGGGGUCCAGCAGUCACACUGCUCUGUCUCAAGAGUGCGUCCAUCUGCAUUCAUUCAUUCAUUCAUUCAUCUACACUACCAUUAAUUGCAUUUCAAAGCUUCCUAGUGAUCUCACUCCUUGGUCGCUGCCGUAACGGCCUGCUGAAGCAUUACCGCAAGUGUCUGAAAAACACACAAAAACCUACCCAGAGGCCAACAUGUUUUACAGUCCAUAGUCACUGACUAAAAGGUUAGCAAGUAAUACACAGCUGCAAAGUCUUUAGUAUUUCCAUCCUACUUGUACUGUUUAACUACAACAUAUUUCCUCAGCGAUUAGUUUGGCGGAGUAUAUUUUGUAUCCAGAAAAACAGUACGAGUCCAAUACAAAAAAGCCUGAGCAACAAUCGCUUCAGUGAUACCAGACUCUUUUCAGCAAGUCUGACUGCUGCUCCACCUUUCAACAGAUUCUACCACCAGUACAGAAACAAUGAGUAAAGUAAGAGUACAAAUUAAUAAUGAGGAAUGUGUCCAUUGCCUAUGGAGAACAAGCAGCAAAGAUAGAAGUGAUAAGGCAACAAAACUAUAUUUCAGGAAAGAAUAAGAACUGAUAUGAUCAGUGUUCUUGGUGAACUACUGCAUGAAGUGGAUCUGUGAGGGUUCACACACAUGGUCUGAAUGACAGAAGUACAGAAGUGGAAGAA